CAAUCACCCAGUGCGCCUCAGAUUACGUUACGUGCGUUCAGAUUGGUACACUACAGAACUCUGACGAUCACGACGACCGGCAGGCAGCAGCCGAGCGCUAUAAGUACACUGUUCUCUAGCAGCCCGACCACAUCCAUUGCUGAAGCCGCUCUAUGACUGUGUGUGCUCUGUUCUGUCGCAGUAGCAGACUGAGCUGAGAGGGCCGGGAUGGGUUUCUUGUUCGCCGCCAGGGGCUGCGUUGCUGCUGCCGCUCUCCUCUGCGUGAUCCUUCCUUGCCACGCGAAGCUCUCCACCAGGUUCUACGCCAGGACGUGCCCGAACGUGGAGGCCAUCGUGCGGUCGGUGAUGGCGCCGGCCGUCGCCGCGGAGCCGCGGAUGGGCGCCUCCAUCAUUCGGCUCUUCUUCCACGACUGCUUCGUCAACGGAUGUGACGCGUCGAUCCUCCUGGACGACACGCCGACCUUCACCGGCGAGAAGAACGCCGGCGCGAACGUCAACUCCGUGCGCGGCUACGAGGUGAUCGACGCCAUCAAGGCGCGCGUCGAGGCGUCCUGCAAGGCCACCGUGUCCUGCGCCGACAUCGUCGCAUUGGCAGCCCGCGACGCCGUCAACCUGCUCAGGGGCCCGACGUGGAACGUGCCGCUGGGCCGGAAGGACUCGCGCACGGCGACGCAGAGCGCCGCCAACGCGAACCUCCCGGGGCCCGGCUCCAGCGCCGCGUCGCUCGUCUCGGCGUUCGCGGCCAAGGGGCUGUCGGCGCGCGAGAUGACGGCGCUGUCCGGCGCGCACACCGUGGGGCGGGCGCGCUGCCUCUUCUUCCGCGGCCGCAUCUACGGGGAGACCAACAUCAACGCCACCUUCGCGGCGGCGCGGCGACGGACGUGCCCGCAGGCCGGCGGGGACGGCAACCUCGCGCCGUUCGACGACCGGACGCCGGACGCGUUCGACAACGCCUACUACACCAACCUGGUGGCGCGGCGCGGGCUGCUGCACUCGGACCAGGAGCUGUUCAACGGCGGGCCGCAGGACGCCCUGGUGAGGAAGUACAGCGGCAAUGGCAAGAUAUUCGCCGGCGACUUCGCCAAGGCCAUGGUCAAGAUGGGGGGCCUCAUGCCGGCCGCCGGGACGCCGACGGAGGUCAGGUUGAACUGCAGGAAGGUUAACUAAGGAUGGUUACAAAUUGCAUGUUUGUGACUUAAGAUCACAAACUUGGUUAACAUCACACACAAUCUAGUAUGAGAUUGUGACCGACUGACGCGAGCAGGAGUAUUAUAUCUUAAUCGGGUAAUGUAGUUAGUUAUGUGCUUCUUCGGCAAAAUGAAUUGCUCAGCGCACUUCACUUUUCUGACUGAAACAUGGGUAGUAAGAGAUUAAGAUUGGAGAAGAUGACACUGCUGUACAAAAGCAUGUAGAGGGAUACACUUGUCAAAAGUGAAACCGCGUACCUGGAAGACAAAAUAACUUACUCCUA